GCGAGGCCGCAGUGACCGGGGCGCGCGCUCGGACCCGCCCGCGUCCUGCGCUCGCCGUGCGGCCAUGGCCACCGCGGCGGGUCGGCGCGGCUCAGAGAGAGUAUGAGGAAGACUGACCAAGGCUUGAAAGGUCUUCCAGUGGAGGUAAUUAGGCUGUUAGAGACAAUUCUAGGCUACCAGGUACCAGGACUGGCUGGGACUCUAGCAGUUGCUACCACCUGGGAAUUUUGUUCUUGUGUUCAGAGUUGGCUCUUCCACACUGGCCUCCAACUCACAGCUGUCCCUGCCUCCAGCCCAACUCUCAAGUAUUUGCAUUGCAGAGACUGAGCGACUGCUGACCCCCAAUCCUGGGUAUGGCUCCCAGGUGGGAACUUCACCAGCCCCAACAACCCCCCCAGAAGAGGAAGACCUCCGCCGCCGCCUCAAGUACUUCUUUAUGAGCCCCUGUGACAAGUUCCGGGCCAAAGGCCGUAAGCCUUGCAAGCUUAUGCUGCAGGUGGUCAAGAUCUUGGUGGUCACUGUGCAGCUCAUUCUCUUUGGGCUCAGCAACCAGCUGGUGGUGACAUUCCGGGAAGAAAACACUAUUGCCUUCCGACAUCUCUUCCUGCUGGGCUACUCUGAUGGGGCAGAUGACACCUUUGCUGCCUACACACGAGAACAGCUCUACCAAGCCAUCUUCUAUGCUGUGGACCAGUACCUGAUACUGCCUGACAUAUCUCUGGGCCGGUAUGCCUAUGUCCGUGGUGGGGGUGGCCCUUGGGCCAAUGGCUCGGCUCUGGCUCUCUGCCAGCGGUACUACCACCGUGGCCAUGUGGACCCAGCCAAUGAUACCUUUGACAUUGACCCAAGGGUAGUCACUGACUGUAUCCAGGUGGACCCUCCUGACAGACCCCCAGACAUCCCCAGUGAGGACUUGGAUCUCUUGGACAGCAGCACCAGUUACAAGAACCUCACGCUUAAAUUCCACAAGCUGAUCAACGUCACCAUCCACUUCCAGCUGAAGACGAUUAACCUGCAGAGCCUCAUCAACAAUGAGAUCCCAGACUGUUACACCUUCAGUGUGCUGAUCACGUUUGACAAUAAAGCGCACAGUGGGCGAAUCCCUAUCCGCCUGGAGACCCAGACCCACAUCCAGGAGUGUAAACAUCCCAGUGUCUCCAGACAUGGAGACAACAGCUUCCGGCUUCUAUUUGAUGUGAUGGUCAUCCUCACCUGCUCCCUGUCUUUCUUGUUGUGUGCCCGCUCACUGCUACGUGGCUUCCUGCUGCAGAACGAGUUUGUUGCAUUCAUGUGGCGUCGGCGGGGUCGGGAAAUCAGCCUGUGGGAACGGCUCGAGUUCAUCAAUGGCUGGUAUAUCCUGUUGGUUACCAGUGAUGUGCUUACCAUCUCCGGGACUGUCAUGAAGAUCGGCAUUGAGGCAAAGAACCUAGCCAGCUAUGAUGUCUGCAGCAUCCUCUUGGGUACCUCCACUCUGCUCGUCUGGGUUGGUGUCAUCCGCUACCUGACCUUUUUCCACAAGUACAACAUCCUGAUUGCCACUCUUCGUGUGGCACUGCCCAGUGUCAUGCGUUUCUGCUGCUGUGUGGCUGUCAUCUACCUAGGCUAUUGCUUCUGUGGCUGGAUUGUCCUGGGACCUUAUCACGUGAAGUUCCGCUCGCUGUCCAUGGUUUCCGAGUGUCUAUUUUCGCUCAUCAACGGGGACGACAUGUUUGUGACAUUCGCAGCCAUGCAGGCCCAGCAGGGUCGCAGUAGCCUGGUGUGGCUCUUCUCCCAGCUCUACCUCUACUCCUUCAUCAGCCUCUUCAUCUACAUGGUGCUGAGUCUCUUCAUCGCACUCAUCACCGGCGCCUACGACACCAUCAAGCACCCGGGAGGCACUGGCACAGAAAAGAGCGAGCUCCAGACCUACAUCGAACAGUGCCAGGAUAGUCCCACAUCUGGCAAGUUCCGUCGUGGAAGUGGCUCGGCUUGCAGUCUGCUCUGCUGCUGUGGAAGGGACUCCUCAGAGGACCAUUCGCUGCUGGUAAACUGAUUCCAAGAUGAUCGCCACUAGACUUUAUCCCCUCUACUCCUGGGACCCCAGCUUAUUUAUUUUUAGCAUUUGCUUUUAGGAGGGCUGGAGAGAGGGCUCAGUGGUCAAGAGCACUGCCUGCUCUUCCAAAGGUCCUGAGUUCAAUUCCCACAACCACAUGAUGGCUCACACCAUCUGUAAUGAGAUCUGGUGCCCUCUACUGGCCUGCAGGGA